AUGGAGGACGCUGCAGUCUACUGCUCCUGGGCUGAUGCCCAACUCGACCAAGAUGCCUCGCUCGUCCAGAGACUGCCCGCAGAACUGCGGUCCAUCAUAAUUCAUUCGACAGGUUCUCAAUACCUGAGGACUCUGGCACACGCCGCCCGACUAACCCAACACGUCGAUACUCUUUUUCCGCUGUACAGAAUCUUAUUUCCUGAGCUCGUGGCUAGGUGGAUCGAGUCGACCUCGGGUGACUUGGACGACAUCAUCCUGACAGUCUCAUCCUUAGCCAGGAUCCUCCCGUUCGCGGGCCACCUUCGCCACUAUGUACAGACCCUUCUACAUUCGGAACCAAUGUGGACUUGCACGAAUGCUGUUGAAGGCGCCUCUGCUGGGAUUGGCGAUGAAGCGCUUCAUAACCUUCUCCUCGCUUUAUUCCGACUCGUAUCUGUUGACCGAGAGAUUCUUGCUCACAGCGUUUCCCCCAUAUUCUUAUCGUCUUUUCUUCACCAUCCUUCUCUGCCACUGAGGUACCUGGCCAUCCAAUGCCUAUGUGUGGUGAUGCAUUUUGCGGACGCUUUCUCCGACCAGAUGGUCGAGUCGUACGUCGGCAAAGGGCCAAUAUGGGGACAGUGGGAAGGCAUGAAGAUUGACUAUCGUCUACUGAAGCUUUGGGAGGAGAAGAGGUGGAAGGACGUAUUCAGGGAGCUGGCGGUUAUCCAGGAGCGGUCGCGAACGGUCUCUGCUCCAUCUCCGACGCCAAAAUUCACCACUGAGAGCCUUUCCCCGCAGACCGCCAAUGUUGGCGGUGUUCUUCUUCCUCGUUCUGGUGCUUUGGAAUCUUCGGCCUCGACCUUUGUCCUUACUCGCACAGCCAAGCGCAAUCUUUAUCGACUGGGCAGUUGCUUGUUGAAUCCGCAGCCAGUUCUGCUCAGCGGUCCGGCUGGUUCGAGCAAGACUUCACUUGUUCAUGAGGCUGCAAGACUGCUCAACAAGCUGUCAUCCAUGGUUACGCUCCACAUCAAUGAGCAGACUGAUGCCAAGAGCUUACUUGGAGUGUAUACAUCCUCGGCUGAUGGCAACUCUUUCACUUGGAAAGCAGGUGUCCUGACAAAAGCGAUACAACAGGGCAGGUGGGUCCUGAUCGAAGAUAUCGACAGAGCCCCUCCAGAAGUCAUGGGAGUACUUCGUCCUAUCCUUGAGAAUGGUGAGCUGUUCCUCCCGAAUCGAAAAGAGACUAUUCGGCCGAAGGAUGGGUUCCGCAUCAUCGCGACUCUGAAAACAGCUGAACGAUCCCCCAUGAUUGCAUCAACACGCCAUUCCUGGCUCUUGAGUCGUCGGUUAUGGUCAUUGGUCGAGAUUGGCGACUACGAAAUGUCAGAGGUUGAGUCGCUGCUUCGCUCGCGGUAUCCAGCUGCAGAAGCUUUCACAACCACGAUCAUGCGAGUUCAUAGCCAGGUCUGUGCUUUAUACAAAGAGGAGCGUCAUCUCAAGUCUUUACAAACCCGGUCGCCAUCGCUUCGGGACCUGCUCAAAUGGUCGCGAAGAGCGGUUAGGAGGCUCCAGGUUUACGGGCACGAAUCGGCGUCAACAGCUCUCCCAGAGACAGUAAAGCUCCACAUCUUCAACGAUGCAGUCGACUGCUAUGCGGGCUACCUAAGUGAUGAUGAUACUCAUAACUUGGUGGCUGCUUGCAUCGCACGAGAAAUGGACAUUUCGCCACAGCAAAUGCGACAUUGCCUGGAUGAAGCGUUCACAACCGUGUCAGAGACAAACCUGACGAUUCGUAUUGGUCGAAGCAUGCUGGACAAAGUGGCCCAUCGCCGCCGCCAGACGACUAAGGUACCAUUUGCGCUUACCAGACACGCUCAGAGAACACUAGGUCGCAUUUCUGCCGGUGUAAGCUGCUCGGAACCCUGUCUGCUGGUUGGUGAGACAGGUGUCGGAAAGACGACCUUGGUACAGCACGUUGCGGGCCUAGUAGGUCAGACCCUUACCGUGGUCAAUCUUUCGCAACAAAGCGAAGCCAGCGACCUCUUAGGUGGGCUUAAGCCGGUGACUACCAGAUCAUUAAUCCUCCCCUUGGUGGAGAAGUUCAAUGUACUGUUUGAAGAUACGUUCUCUACAAAGCGGAAUGAGAAAUUUCAAAUAGCCAUUGCAAAAGCAAUUGCCAGACAAAAUUGGCAGAGACUGAUGAUCUUGUGGAACGAAGCAAUUUUAAUGGCUGCAGGAUCCUUGAAUACCACAUCAGACAGUUCCAGCGUGGCCGAUUCUGUCCACGGGAACAAAAGACGCAAACUCAUGACACCGAAAUUUGAGGCAUUGCGCAAUAGAUGGUCUGACUUCUCUGAGUGCCUGAACAGACUUCGUCCUCAAAUCGAUCACGGGAAUAAGAAUCAAACUUUUGCUUUUGUUGAGGGAAGGCUGGUGCAAGCUGUCCGCGAAGGCGAAUGGGUUCUCCUUGACGAGAUUAACCUGGCAUCUCCUGAUACCCUUGACCAGAUCGUGAGUCUCCUCCACAAUGGUGACGACGAGAAGCCGGCUCUCCUUCUCACCGAAGCUGGCAAUAUUGAAUCCGUCGUUGCCCAUCCGAACUUCCGAAUUUUCGCUGCCAUGAACCCGGCUACAGAUGCUGGCAAAAGGGAUCUUCCGCUAGGAUUACGAUCUCGUUUUACCGAAAUCUAUGUCCCUUCUGGUGACAGCAACCUUGAUGAUCUUACGAAGAUCAUUCGUGCCUAUCUAGGCUCCCAGCUAGAUAACGACAAACGAGCUGCGUUAGACCUUGCCCAUGCUUACAUGGAUCUGAAGCAGCUCAAUCAAGAGAGCAAGCUCACAGAUGGGGCGGGUGACGUUCCACACUUUAGCAUCCGGUCGCUUGUUCGCUGCCUCAUGUAUGUGUCUCAACACAGUGCGAGCCAUGGUCUGAGGCGAGCCAUGUACGAGGGGUUUGCGAUGAGCUUUUUCACAGUGCUCAGCAAGUCCUCUGAGAUUCUGGCUGCCCCCUCGCUUGAAAAGCAUCUCCUGUCCAGUAUCAAGAACAAAAAGUCAUUGCUCAACCAGCAACCGAAGUUGCUAUUCGAUGGAGAUCAAUACAUAUCUUUUCGGCAUCACCUGGUCAAAAAAGGACCCCUGAGCACUGAUCUACAACCCCACUACAUUCGGACAGCGUCGGUAGAACGCAACUUGGUCAACCUGGCUCGAGCGGCCUCGAUGCGACGCUUCCCUAUUCUCCUGCAAGGCCCGACCUCUGCCGGGAAGACCAGCAUGGUGGAAUACCUUGCCAAACUGUCCGGUAACAAAUUUGUAAGGAUCAACAACCACGAACACACCGAUUUGCAGGAGUACCUUGGGAGCUACGUUUCAGACGCCGAAGGAAAGCUGGUGUACCAGGAAGGAGUAUUGGUCGAUGCUCUUCGACGCGGUCACUGGAUCGUCCUGGACGAACUAAAUCUUGCUCCAAGCGACGUCUUAGAAGCCCUCAACCGCUUACUUGAUGACAACAGGGAGCUACUGGUACCGGAAUCCCAGGAGAUUGUUCGACCACAUCCGAAUUUUAUGCUCUUUGCCACCCAGAACCCCGCCGGGCUCUAUGGAGGACGGAAACGAUUAUCCCGAGCAUUCAGGAAUCGCUUCCUGGAACUGCAUUUCGAUGACAUCCCUGAGGACGAAUUGGAGGUGAUCCUGAGAGAACGCGCGCAGAUUGCCCCAUCUUUUUGUACUCAAAUUGUCGCCGUUUACAAAAAGCUGUCACUGCAGAGACAGUCCGCGAGGCUGUUUGAGCAGCGAAAUAGCUUUGCUACUUUGCGUGACCUGUUCCGAUGGGCUGCGCGGCCAGUCGAUGAUCGGCAGCAGCUGGCAAACCACGGAUUCAUGCUUUUGGCUGAGCGAGUGAGGGAUCCAGCAGAACGCGCCGUGGUUAAGAAGGCCAUCGAGGAGACCAUGAAAGUGGCCAUCGACGAGAAUUUACUAUAUGGUCUAUCGGCGAUUCCCGAGUCUGUCCAGAGCUCUGGUUCUAUCGUGUGGACAUCAGCGAUGAGACGCCUCUUCGUGUUGGUGUCCGAAGCACUGAAGAACAAUGAGCCUGUUCUCUUGGUGGGCGAGACCGGCUGUGGAAAGACCCAGAUCUGCCAGGUAGUCAGUGCCGCAUUUGGUCGGCCCCUUCGCAUCUACAAUGCACAUACAAAUACCGAGACUGGUGACCUUAUAGGAUCACAGCGGCCUGUUCGAAACCGCUCUGAACUGGCAAACCAGGUACGAGAAAAUUGGCGCCUCUUGGUCGCGUCUUCCCCCCACAACUCUUCUGUUGAAGAGCUCGAUAUCGAUCAGCUAGCCGCAGAAUUUACCAGGAUGGACAAAUCGAUCCAUGACCCUGAAGCCGUGGAACGGACCAGGUCGAGCAUUGCGGCGUACCAGUCUCUAUUUGAAUGGUCCGAUGGCAGUUUAGUAAGAGCCAUGAAGAUGGGCGAGCAUUUCUUGUUGGAUGAAAUCUCGCUAGCUGAUGACUCCGUGCUUGAGCGCCUGAACAGUGUGCUUGAGCCUUCACGAACAAUCCUGCUUGCAGAGAAAGGAUCUGUCGACAACCUUAUCACUGCAGAACCCACGUUCCAAUUCUUGGCUACCAUGAAUCCUGGCGGCGACUACGGGAAACGUGAGUUGUCAGCUGCACUUCGCAACCGGCUGACUGAGAUCUGGGUCCCUCCGCUUUCUCAGGAAGCAGAUAUAGUACCCAUUGUUCAGAACAAGCUGAGCGUGGCAAGAAAGCAUCUCGCCCCAGCCAUCCUCGACUUUGCCGUCUGGUUCCGGAGCAGCUUCCACAAUACUUCAUCGACAGCCAUCCCGCUACGCAAUCUCCUGGCGUGGGCAGACUUUAUCAAUCGUGCCAGUUUCCUUGAUGAGGCGACUGCUCUUGUCCAGGGCGCGUUUAUGGUCUAUGUCGACUCCCUUGGCGCCAACCCUGCGGGCAUGACAUCAAGUGGAACUGCUGAUCUCUACGAGUCAAGACGAAGAUGUUUGAAAUAUCUCCAGACUCUGGUGAAGAUCGAUGUCGACGAGAACUACCAAGCGACGCCGGUGUUGAGGACAACUGUCGAGGGCUUCCACGUCGGGCCGUUCUCGCUGUGCCGCUCUGAAGGGCGGCCCCCACAGGACCCCGGACUUGUGUUCGACGCUCCAACAACUUUACAGAAUACCAUGAGAAUUGUACGCGCACUGCAGAUGUCAAGACCCAUCCUCCUCGAAGGAAGUCCUGGUGUGGGCAAGACUGCUAUUGUGACUGCGCUUGCUCGUGCCGUUGGCAAGGAAUUUACCCGUAUCAAUCUGUCCGAUCAAACUGACCUGAUGGAUCUGUUUGGUGCAGACACCCCUUCUGAAAACGAACGACUGGGCAAUUUCUCAUGGCAGAAUGGACCUUUGUUGAACGCAAUGCAAACUGGCGGCUGGGUCCUCCUGGACGAGAUGAAUCUGGCGUCUCAAUCUGUUCUGGAAGGUCUCAAUUCUUGCCUCGACCACCGCCGGGAAGUUUAUAUUGCUGAGCUGGACAUGUCAUUCGCGUGUCACCCGGAUUUCACCUUAUUUGCCGCGCAAAACCCCCAUCAGCAGGGUGGAGGACGGAAAGGUCUCCCAGCCUCCUUUGUCAACCGCUUCACUGUGGUCUAUGCGGACUCUUUCCAGCAAGAAGAUCUGAUGCGUAUUUGUCAACACAAGUUCCCGACUAUUCCGGCAGAGCAACUAAGCACAGUUAUAAAGUCAGUCACGGAAGUCGAGCAUGUGAUCUCCCAUGCCCCAAUGUUCAGCCAAGGAGGCCCAUGGGAAUUGAAUCUCCGUGAUGUUGAUCGAUGGUUGAGAUUGUGUGAAGAUCAGCCGACGCUCGUUCCGUCCUAUCACUUUCGUACUAUUGUGGCCGACCGUUUCCGCAGCACUGCACAAAGAGAACUUGUAUUCGAGCUGACCCGCCAGGAUACUGCGUCUGCGCCUCCGGAGAGCUUCUACAGCAGCUUGACCCCAACGUCUCUGCAGGUAGGGACUUCCUUCCUUGCCAGGGACAGUGUGGCACAACGCACCAAGGCCCCUAGUUGCACCAUCCCCAUUGCACACCUCCCAGCGGCCAAAUCUGUUAUCACAGCCAUCAACCAAAAGUGGCCAGUAAUUCUUGCUGGGCCGUCUGGCUCUGGGAAGACUUCACUCCUUCGCUCUCUCGCUGCUGCGUCCGGUGCGGAACUUGUUGAAUUUUCCAUGAAUGCCGAUGUGGAUACAAUGGAUCUUGUGGGUGGGUUUGAGCAAUAUGACGUCCGUCGCGACAUGGUUGCCUGCCAGAGCAAAGCCAGGGAGGCUGUCCGAAAACAAGUGGUUGUUGCGAUGAGGGAUCGGAGUCCGACAUCGGUCCAGAGCCAACUGUUUGGGUUAUGGGAGCGCUUCGGAUCUGACAAUACUGACCCGUCUCAUCUGCGGCAGCUCCUAUCUCAUACCCUGGAUGUCUUGCCUGAGGUUGAAGAUUCCAUGGCUGACUUGUCACACCUUCUCAAUUCGACCGACGCUUCCCUCUCGCGGUUUGUCUGGAACGAUGGCAUUCUUAUUGAUGCUUUGGAGCGAGGCUCGUGGCUCGUCCUUGAUAACGCAAACUUGUGCAACCCAUCUGUCCUAGACAGACUCAACUCACUGCUUGAACCGGACGGGUUUCUUGCUGUUAGCGAGCAGCACAACGCUGGCAGUGACACCAGACUUAUCAAGCCACACCCCGAUUUCCGAAUCUUCUUAACCAUGGACCCACAGUAUGGAGAACUCUCCCGGGCAAUGCGGAACCGAUCAUUGGAGAUCUGCAUGCCUGUUGUACCACGGGACCUUGCCGAUGCACCAGUGGUUCAGUAUCCUUAUGCUUCGGCAGUCACUCGUCUACGACAGUUGGUUGAGGCCACAAGUGAAGAUCCCUUACAGACCGUGAUCGAAUCUUUCGCCGACAACCUAUCCGUGGAAGAGAUAGCGUUAGCACUGGAGAACCGGGACCAUUUGCCUGUUGGUACAACUAGCUCUACUCUCACGCUGGAAUUGAAGAAGCGAGAAUUUGUCGUUUCCCAGAAUUUCGGGCAUCUGGCUCCAUCCCCUGAUUAUCUGGCCCAGACUCGACUUCCCCAACUGGUCGCACUCAACGAACCAUGGCUACUGCUCGACAGACUGCCUGACAUUGAGAAUUCGCGCCAUAUCUCUUCUCAAAUCCUGACUCGAGGAUGGUAUAUCUCUCGGCGUGUCGAAGACGUCCGAGCAAAAUUGAGUGAGGCUUCCGCUGCCACUCUGACAACUCCAUUUAAAGGGCAAACAAUUCUUCAAAAGUCGACUGCGGUUGGCAAUCGCAAAAAGGCGCUGGAUAUGGUUCCCCAAGUUGCCUCCUUUGCGAACCAUCUUAUCUCUGAGCUGUCUACGAACCUUGAGACUGCCUUCGGGUUAGACAUGCUUUUACUAGACGCCAUGGAGCGGGUACUUCUUUUCGCGCAGGACGUGGUGCACCGUUUUGAUACGAGAACGCUGGAGUUUGCCUUACUGCAUGCGUACAUGCAACUCGGGUCCGAACUUGCUCGAUCCGUGGCAGUAAGCUUCCCAGGCCUAGCGUCCGUGUUUCUACAGUGCUUGCACAUGCUUUCAGCACAAAACAGCGGACUCAAGACCGGCUUGGGCCUUCAACGCAUGUGGCAGCCGUUCCAGCCCAAGACAGCAAGAUCGGCAUCGCAGCUUGAAACACAACUGAGGCUAGAGGGGUUAAUUGCCAGGUUUGAUCAGUUAUGUCGGGUUUUACCCCAGUCCAGGGCUUCUUUGUCGGCGCUGAGGUCUAAAUUUCAAGACACCUAUGUUUCGAUUGUCGAGUCCGACCAACCGGAGACGUCCCUGGUGGCUCUGCAGGAAGCUGUGGCAGUGCUGGAACAACAGUCAAAAGGAGGCUUCUUCCUGGAAGGAAAAUAUGAAAAGGUGCUCAACUUCACUUAUCAGGCGUUGAAGCUGGAUGGGCGACGGAACCAUUCUACGCUUUUGGAUCUACUCGAAAUGUUCAUACCUGAAUCAAAAAGAACCUUACUCACGAUCGGAGACGAGACGUCGGUGGCUGCGUCAUUGAGUCAGAUUGCAUCUCUCGAUUCGUCUGUGAUAGCGGAUCAACAACAUAUUGGACCGUAUCUCAUCGGCCAGCUGUGUGAAGUCCGGGGGCAAGCCCUGGGUAUGCUUGACUACGCGAGAGAAGAACUAUCUACGUUGAUAAAGGCCACAGCGUCAUACCCAGUCACCUGCGAUACAGUCACGCUGCCCCUCAUCGGGCACGUACAGACUGUGGUCUCCGGCAUGCUGUCGGCUCACUAUGAUUUCCUGACCGAAGAAGCCAGGUCUUGCCAUCUUGCUGCAGGGGCAUUUGAUCUAGCCAGACUUGCGGCGCUCCCCGAAACUGCCAUUGUUCUUGAUGGACAGGACAAAGCAUGCUUUCGGGAAAUAUUCGGGCGCUACCUUCAUCCAAUUCUACCAGUUCUGGCGUCUCGAGAUCCUCCUAUCUUGGCUGAUAUCAAAACAUGUCUGAUCAACGCAUCACUCGCCGGCCUGACUCUGAUGGUGCCAGACAAAGUUUUUGAUCCCGCAGUUCUUCCGAAUAUCGCAUUUCAGCAGCACGAACGAAGGUUAACCGACCUUCGUUCCAGAAUAACAGGGCAAAAGAUAUUUCAUUCGCAGGUUAUGGGACAAAAUACCAGUAUCGUAAUUCGAACUUUGGAGGAAGAAGUCCGUGAUAUAGGGGAUGCCCCUUCACCCCCGGUAGUCUUCAGGCCUAGCCAGUCUGAACUGUCAAGCCUCCAAGAGAUAUUCACCAGAAUUGCGAACCUGGUGACACCGGGCCAGUCCGUCAGCUCUACUAUACCAGGCGGUUCGGAGUGGUUGGAGCAUUGGUCCAGCCAGCAGAGCAAGGCAAACAUCGCCGUUGUUAUUGAGCGCCUUGAGCACUCUCACCGAGCCUACGAUGACUUUGUGAAGCCGAUCGUGUGGUUUUUGAGAAUGCUAUCCCUUGGGCUGGAGCUUGAGUCGACAAGAGCUACUCUAACCCGCACAGGGGCCGUCUUUCAGGACGUUGUUGGGCAUACCCCGAUGCUGGGCGCCGGCCCAGGAGCGCUUCUGGCGUGGAAUGCGCCUGCCAUGUCUAAACCUGUUCUCCGGCUCCUCUGGCUCGAGUACGUUGGCAUGACCAGCCUCAUGAUGGAGCAAGACUGGGAUCUAUCUGGCGGCUUACUCUCCCUACUCGACGAAUUCUAUGGCGAAUGGAAAGCUCGCCUUACCAGCGCUCAAGCUGACUCUGAAAUUCGAUCUCGCUACUACACCUAUCGUGGUGAUGCCGAGAAAGACGAAGAGAGUGAAAGCGGCGAGAUGAAUGAAAUGUUUCCACAAUUCGAUGACGCCGGAACAGACACCAGCCAUGGUGAGGGAAAGUAUGAGGCACGCACGGUGGCUGUGAAACUGGCGGUCGCACAUCAAAAGAUAUAUACUGUCCAGGACCCUACGCAGGCGCUGGAGAAUUACAUCCUGCAUGCGAUGACGACCAUUUCGGAGAUGGAAGCGAGCGAGUGCGAGCUUCCUGGAGCAGCAUUGACCGAUUUGUUGCCUGGAAUCCUGUUCAAGAUGGAAUCUGAGCUGGCAGCGUUUGAUGCAAGCCAGUCUCCUGCUCACUUCAACAUCUACACCGACUGCGACGUGGUUGAGAGUCAAAAGCUUUUCAGUUUGGUGCGCCAAGUCGAAUCGAGGUUCCAAACAAUCUUGGACCGAUGGCCAGAACAUGCUGUACCCGCGGAGGUUAUUUCGUUUUGCAGAGAGGUGUUGCAUUUGACCAUCAAAGAUCCCCUCGCAAAGCUUCUAACGAAAACCGAGAAGCUCUACGAAAUUGUGUCACAAUGGCAGAGCAUUGCCAGUCGCGAGUGGUCCGUCAGCCCGCUCCUUGAGCAACUCUCCGCCCUGAUUGUUAGCUGGAGACGCUUGGAGCUGCUAUCUUGGUCCCGCCUCCUCGAUGAAGAGCAACACAGACACGAGCAAGAUGCGCAAGCCUGGUACUUCGUCGCAUACGAAGCGAUAGUUUACAACUCAACGAGGAUGCACGCUAAUGGUGCCGACGACGAGAACCAGGCAUACUGCACGUCACUCGCGCGAACCCUCGAAGAGUUUCUGAAAACAACGACAGUCGGCCAAUAUUCCUCCCGAUUGAGACUCCUCGGUACACUAGCCCGAUUGCUGGACAAUCUCACCAGACAUGAAAAGCAGUUGCUACCUGUGCGCAACUGCGUGGCCAAUGUCAUCGAGCAUUAUCGACGGUACGAAACAAACGUAGACGCCAUCCACCACGCCGGCCGUGCGCACCUCGAGAAGGCCUUGACAGAGCAGAUCAAGUUGGCCAGCUGGAAAGAUACAAACGUGACAGCACUUCGUGACAGUGCACGACGGUCACAUCACAAACUAUUCAAGAUUGUCAGAAAAUAUCGGGACCUUUUGAAUCAGGCCAUCACCGUGUUCAAGCCAUCGGAGGACACCAGGGUGCAAGUCCGCCCAGAAGAAGCUGUGGGCAUGUUGGGUGAACCUCUUAUCCAAGAGGGAACGAUCGUUUGGUCACAAGACCAGUGCCGACGAAUCUUUCCAGACUGGGGUGCCCGGCCUGAACGUGUGACCAACCCACUAGGAGCCGUCAAAAGCAUGCGAUAUCUGUAUUCUAGCAGCAGCGUCGAGUUUCAGCCUCACGUCGAACUGUCGUCCUUUCGCGAAGACCUGGGCGAAGCAAUCAAGGAAUUAAGAGCGCAAACACCACCGACACUGACAGAAGAGAACACUGCUUUGGUCCGCCAUCUCCAAGAGAGAAAGCGACGCCUCCUUGCGGACACUAUGAGAGCAGUCGGCCAGAUGGGCAUCAGGAGGAAUCUCCCCACCUCUGAACUCGAAACACAGUCGUCGACAGCCGUUGUUCUUUCUUCUUUGGCCAGCUUCUCACUGGACGAACUUUCCCCCGUCCUGUCUUCUGCCAACAACGCGUUCCACGAUCUUCUCGACGCGAUGUCGCAAGUUCGGGCUGCUCGGGUCGAGCAUUCCGACGACCUCACCGAAGGCGAGAUCAAUCGUAGUGUCGGGCUACUGGAAGGUCUUCUAUUCCUGACUCUGCAUCAACGGCAGAACAUCGCCGUGUCGACCGAAGAACUGAAAGAGCUACGCGAUCAGAUGUCGCUUCUGCGCUCAUUCCAGACGUCGUCUCCCAACGAGCUUUGUGCUACCGAGACUUCUGGGCAGAGCAAAAGACUUGCCCAACGUCUCGCAUGGGUCUCUGAGAUCUUGACAUUGGCUUGCCGAAUCCUGCGGUUUCAAGCACAGCAUGCCAAUCUUGAUGUCAAGGAACUGACCGAGUCAAUGAGGUCUUACGGCGGUCAGACCCAAGACCUAAGAACGCAACUUGAGGAAAUCCCCUCGAUGCCAUUGGGGUUGCAGAGCAAACAUGCAGCUGCAUUACAAACUCGGGCAUUGGGAGUCCUUUCACAGCUUCGCUCAUCACUGAAAGCAUGGCAAGUCAAGGAGCCUCGUGCCGAUUUUAUUCUCAAGCAGAUCAUCCCUUGGACUUACGAGAUGCCCGAGACUCCAAAUGGAACGAUCAACGGCACCAGUGACUCUAGUCUGCAAUCCUUCGAUCAUGACCUCCGAAUACUACUCGACCAGAUUUUCGUGGCCCUGCAAACAUUGUCUUCCUCCCAAGAGGGCCUACCGAACACGGUUGAAGACCCGGGCUGGCUUUCAAAGUUCGACAGGCAUGUUGCUCGUGCAAUUCGCUUCCUAAAGGCUAGAACUAUCAGCACAGGUCUGAAAUCUUUACUUGAAAAGCUUCAUUCCUUGGAAGGGGAUGAUCUUGCGAGUGUCAGCAACUUGCUUCUUGUGGCGACUCCCAUCCUUGAACAGUAUUAUCACAUCCAGGAGCAUCUCUAUCGUAAACAAACGGCAGUCCACCUUGAAACGAACCAGCUUGCUCUACAACUGGCUAGAUCUUUCACCACCAUUGCAAGCCAGGGAUUCUGUCGACCAUCCGAGUCCGCUGGCGGGGACGAACAAUCUGGUAAACUCGAGAGUGGAACCGGGCUCGGUGAAGGUGAAGGUGCCGAAGACAUCAGCAAGGAUGUUGAGGAUGACGAGGACUUAUCAGAGCUUGCACAGUCGGGGCAGAAAGAGGAGGAAGACGGAGAGAUGGAGAAUGCUGAAGAUGCCGUCGACAUGGGUAAUGACGAUCUGCAAGGCGAAAUGGGAGAUCAAGGUGAACAGGAAUCCAACCAAGAUGAAAAUGAAGAUCGUUCAGAUGAAGAAGAAGACAACGAACUGGACGAGGAGACCGGCUCAGUCGACGAUCUCGACCCUUCAGCCGUAGAUGAAAAGAUGUGGGAUGAUAUGAAGGACGAAUCGGAAAAGGACAAAGAGAUGAAGAACGACAAGGCACAAGGGAAGAAAUCGGAUGAUCAGGCAGCAGCAGACGGGCAGCAACCAGAAGGCGAGGAAAUGGACGGGCUGCCGGAAGACGAAAUCGAAGAGGAAGGUACUGAUGAGGGCGACGGUGCGGAACGACCUGAAGCCGAAAAUACGGAUCCUCAUCUCGACAAUGAGAAGGCAUUGGACCUCCCAGACGAACUACAGUUGAACGGUGAAGAUGAAACGAAGGAUGAUGACAUCUCAGAUGACGGGAUGGACGAGCUUUCCGAUAUUGACCAGGCCGCAGAAGAGGAAAUUGACGGUGAGGGAGAGAAUGAGCCGGAGAGGCCGGAGAAGCAUCUGGAUGAUGUUGGUGAUGACAGUGAAGAAAUAGGGUCUAGCGAGGACGAACCCGAGAACGGGGUUGCGCAGGACGACCAGAUCAUGGAGGAUCAACCUGGAGAGAAAGAAGAUGAAGAGCAACCUGAUCAUGACACCCGUGAAGACGAAACGGGUCAAGAGAUGGACGAAACCGCGGGCGGCGAAUCUGGAGCGGCCAACGAAAUCCAGGAUGCUGCCGAUCAGGAACAAGGGAUCCCAGGAGUGAAUGAAUCUGAGAAAGAGCCAGAUCCGCAGCAAUCACAGCCUGGCAAAGCUUCAGAAAACCAAGAGCAGGGCGAGACCGGCACAGGCGCCGUCGAACAGGGCACCGGUCGAGCCGACGCAAUCGAACAUCGACCAAACGAAGCUUUGAGAAAACUGGCUGAUGUCCUGGACCAGUAUCAUCAACGCCGCGAGAUCCUCCCCACGUCGGACGAGCAGCGGCAGGAAGACAAGGACAGGGAUGUGGACAUGGCGGAUGUCGAUUUUGAGCAUGUCCAAGACGAAGCUGACGGGGAGGCACAAGCGCUCGGGGCCGCCUCAGCGGAUCAGGCUCAGAACCUCGACCAGAGCAGAGCGAUUGAAGAUGAAGAGCUGCCCGUCAACGAAGAUACAGACCUUCCCGACGCCCCGGAGCCCGAGGUAGCAGAGAACAUUGCGGAGCGAUUCCAUCGACGGCAGGCUCAGCCCCAAGGACCCCAGUCAACAGGGGCGGGUGGGUUUCUCCCGGGCUACGAACCGCGUCACAACGAGCAGGACAGUCCGGCGCGGGAGGCCGAUGCGGCGUCGGAUGAUCUGGCGCCGGAAAUCGAGCAUCUCGAGCUCGAACAGCAUGAUACAGCGCCGCCAUCGCCGCCGACCAGCAGUUCGGACGCGGCCCAGCUGUGGAACCAUUGCUCCGCCGUCACGCACCAGUUCUCGCUGGUGCUGACGGAGCAGCUGCGGCUGAUUCUGUCGCCCACCACGGCGACCAAGCUGCGCGGCGACUUCCGCACCGGCAAGCGGCUCAACAUCAAGCGCAUCAUCCCGUACAUUGCGUCGAGCUACAAGCGGGAUAAGAUCUGGAUGCGACGAUCGGUGCCGAGCAAGCGGAGCUACCAGAUCAUGAUCGCGGUGGACGACAGCAAAUCCAUGAGCGAGUCCGGCGCGGACAUGCUGGCGUUCGAGACGCUGGCGAUGCUGACCAAGUCGCUGUCGAUGCUCGAGGUGGGCGAGCUCUGCGUGGUCGGGUUCGGCGACCAGGCGCACAUCACGGUCGCGCACCCGUUCGGCACGCCCUUCUCGCCCGCCGAGUCCGGGCCCAGCGUCUUCCGCGCCUUCAGCUUUGCCCAGCGCGGCACCAACGUGCGCAACCUGGUGCAAGAGAGCAUCCAGCUGUUCCGCGACGCCCGCCAGAAGGGCCACCUGGCCUCGGAGGAUCUGUGGCAGCUGCAGCUCAUCGUCAGCGACGGCCACUGCUCCGACCACGAGGCCGUCGCCCGCCUCGUGCGCCAGGCGCAGUCGGAGAAGAUCGUCAUUGUCUUUGUCAUUGUCGACGCCGGGCCCGAGUCCAUCCUCGACCUCAAGCAGGCCGUCUUCGAGCCCGAUCCCACCGCCGCGCCCGCGGCCGACGGCGGACCGGUGGAAAUGAGAGUCCGCACCAAAAGAUACCUCGAAGACUUCCCCUUUCCGUACUACCUGGUCGUGAGGGACGUGCGGGACUUGCCCGGCGUGUUGGCGACGGCCUUGAAGGGAUGGUUUGGAAGUGUGGUUGAUGUUCAGUAG